GAGCAGAGCGGGGCGGGCGAUGGCGAGGGUGCUGGUGCUGGGCGCAGGGCUGACCGGCAGCGCCUGCGCGGCGCUGCUGCGGGGGGCGGUGAGGGGUCGCGUCGUCGUGUGGGACAAGGCGCGCGGUGCAGGUAGGGGGCCGCAUGAGCACGAGCCGCAGCGCGCGGGACGCCGCCUGCAGCGCCGACCUGGGAGCGCAGUACGUCAGCCCCCGGGCGGGGCGCGCCGGGCCGCACGCUUCUACGAUGAACUUCUUUCUCAUGGCAUCUUGAAACCACUGACUGCACCCAUUGAAGGAAUGGUAGAGAAGGAAGGCUCUUGCAAUUACAUGGCACCUCAGGGCAUCUCCUCAGUUGUCAAGUAUUAUUUAAAACAGUCAGAUGCAGAUGUCUUCUAUGAAUACCACGUAACUCACAUCUUUCUUCGAGAUGGGAAAUGGGAAGUCUCCAGGAAAAUGGGACCACCAGAACUGUUUGAUAUAGUUAUUCUCACAAUGCCUGUUCCACAAGUUCUUCAGCUACAAGGUGACAUUGUAAACAUAAUUAAUGAAAGGCAAAAGCAGCAACUGAAAGCUACAAGCUACUCCUCCCGCUACGCUCUGGGACUUUUUUAUGAAGCUGGUGUGUGUAUUGAUGUCCCCUGGGCUGCAAAGUACAUCACCGAUAAUCCCUGCAUACGCUUCAUCUCCAUUGAUAAUAAGAAACGCAAUAUAGAGUCUCCUGAAAUUGGACCUUCAGUUGUAGUUCACACAACUGUGACAUUUGGGAGUGAGCACCUGGAUUCAGACCCUGCAGAGGUACAGCAGUUAAUUCUCAACCACCUGGAAAGAAUUGUGCCAUCCCUGCCCAAACCAGCUAGUGUCAAGUGUCAGAAAUGGAGAUACUCACAGGUUACAAAAUCUGUGCCCAAUUGUCCGGGACACAUGAUUCUUCAUACUCAACCUCUUCUGAUUUGUGGGGGCGAUGGAUUUACUUGUUCCAACUUUGAUGGCUGCAUAGAUUCUGCCAUGAGUCUUGCAGAGGCUGUGAAGUCUUAUUUAUAACAAUUUCAGUUAUCUGCUAAACAUAAUCUAGAUUUAUGAUGGAUUUAACUAUGAUGGAUUGCAUUCUAGUUUAGUAUUAACAUCACUAGCCUCUAUCUUGCAGAAAUUAAUAAAGUAAUAAAGGAAGAUUUAUUGGUAUAUUGUAAUAAUUCUUGGAAUGGAACUUAAUUGAAUUUUCCAGGAUCUGUGCUUUAUGAGUGGUUACUUUGCUUGAAAUCUCCAGUCAGACCAACUAAGUUCCAACAGCCUUGUCAGUUCUCCUGAUGCUUUUACAGCAUACGAAAAUUAUGUCAAGGAGAAGAGCCCAACCUGAAGGAUCAUAAAAACCCGUGGAGCUACAAAGUUCACUGCUGUUCUGAGUAUUUGGAGCUCUGGAUAUGACAAGAAGGAACAUGCGCGAUUGAUCGCAGAGGUGUCAUAGACACGUGGUCAUUUCUGUCAGUGUAGAUCAGCAGGUGUGGCCACUGGGGCAUGCCUUGCUAUGCUUCUCAAGUUGGAUGGCCUACACAAAGUCUAACAACAUCUACUCAAAGUCUAUUUCUCCAAGUAUGGGAAACUUUAAGUGAGGGAUUGUAGUUCUCUGCCAUCCAGCUCUCUUAACCUACAGUGUUCUGGAGCUCCGUUUGCAGCGUGGUGGAAGAGCUCAUUUAUUUCAACAGCUGCUGCUGGAAAUGAUGUGCCACUGAAAUGAUGGUACCCGUGUUGUCUGUGGUCCAAGCAACAUCAGCCCAGCAGUGCUGGAAGAAUAAAAGGAUGGAGAUAAAGUGAAAUAGACGCUGUGCAUGUUUCUAAUGCUCUCAUAGAAAUAGGGCUGCUGUACCAAAGGCAUCUUGGGACUUACCUUGACAUCUGGGCUGUAACAUGAGUUUAACACAGUAAAGCAUGCCAGCCGAGAAAAGAGAUGCACUUUAAAUAGUUCAUUAUUUGCCAGGUUGGAGAGUCACUAGUCCAUUAUGGCUCUCUGCAGUUCUAGGCUGCCCUGCAUGAGGAGCAGCUCUUUCCUCCCUCCAGGUGAAUGAGUAAUCAGGUAGAAGCAGCCAAUGUGGAAGGUGGGUUAGCUGCUUUCUCUGGCAAAGGAGGAGUAGGAGGAGAAAUAAUUGAAGUGUAUUCCAUGGCAGCAUGUUAAUAAGAAAACUGUGGACAUUUCUGGCUUAGAGUUAAAUCACUGCCACCAUAAAAACUCACUUAAAGUAAACAGUCGUUUUGAAAGCUAGGUGAAUUCUAGAAGCUCUAUAAUUUUUUUUUAUUUUUAUUUUUAUUUUUUUUUUGUGGAACUGCUGUAGGAAUACAGAGGCAGGUCUAGGGAAGUACAUAAAUACACGUGUGAAUGAAUGAACAAGGAAUUUGAUUUGAAAUCCUAAAAUAAUAAACAGCAAGUGUAAUUGUGUUGGAAAUACUAUCUGUCACAGUUUCAAGUAUUUCUAAGCUGCAAAACUGUGUUUCUUGAAAAUUAAUUUUGAAAGUGCUUAGAAAUUAACAAAUCAUUUAUUCUAAAUUUGAUUUUAACUUGCCCUUCCUCCUCAGUCAUGCGUCACAAGUUCAGGACCUCUCUUGUACUCCAGCACUAAAAUUAUCAAAAUAUUAUUUACAGCAGGCAAAAUUUUAACCCUGCAUCCAUUAAAAAGUACAGUUAAGCCUCUCUUUCUUAAAUUCCCACAUUUCACAAAAAUCUGACGUCCUGCAUUCAUGGCAACUGAACACAGUAGUUUACGGCUGCAUUUGACCAUUUCUAAUAGAAUAUUUUAAGUGACACCAAAGUUUAAGGUUUAAGUUAAGUAUAAAAAUAUCUUUGAAGGAUAUUUCAUGACAGCAGCUGGUCUUAUUGAUUAUUUCUUCCUUCCUUGCAGAACCCAAGUUUAAAACUACAUUUUAUUAUUGUGUAGGCAUCAAUCAACUCCAAACCCUUAGGUUUCUAUCACUGCAUGUUGCUCAGAAAUAGGAAAGAGUGGUGAGCACAAAUUUUUUACAAGAACACAUGAAUUCCUGUCUUCCAAGGAUGAAGGUAGCCAAGAAGAACCACAUGGUCAUAGAAUAAAUCUAAUCUGGUGAGGAAUUUAGUAUUGGCGUGAUCUAGUGGGAGCUCAGAAGCAACCAAAAUCCAAGCUGAAGCAGUUUGAUUUUGCAGUGCUGGAAAAAAUUAAUUAACCAUAGCUCACUGAGAAUGGCAUACAAAAGCAACCAAGCCACAUUUUUAAGAUUUGCUCCUCUGCUUCCAUCCAGGCCUAGGCAUCCUCCAGGAAUUUUUUGCCAAAGAAAAACAUUUAUUCUGUGGUGCUGGACCAUACAAGAGGAUUUACCACUGGGUACCCAGUUCCUCUGGAAGGUGCCACCAUGACAGUGGGGCCAGCUGUUGCUGGUGGUGAUGAUGGUGAUGGUUUGUGAGGACCCAUCCCAUCAAUAUCCUUUAAUCCAAGCCUUAAUACACAGAGAUUUUGCAUUAGUCCACACUAAACUUGCACUUCCUUCCUUUCCUUCAAUUUUGAAUGGAAUUGAGCCAAACUACUGUUAAUCCAAAUAAAGAUCAAUCCUGAAAAGUGUGUGACAUGCAGAAAACAGAAAAUAAGCCAUCUUUGACCCAAUGCUGCAUUGUUCCUUUAGCUGUCUCAUAAAGAGGCAUGCUUCAAGGAGUAACGAUGUAUUCACAGUACUCUGGUAAUAGAGGCAGACUUAAAUACCACAAAUGACAGAUAAGUGGAGAUGUUUCUGACUGCAUCCUUUCAGCAAUCUUACAACUUUGGUCAUUAUUAGACUUCAAAAUACCCAGUAAUAAACAAAUCACAAAUUCAGAGAUUGUAAAGUCAGAAUCCUGACUGAACUUGAAUCAUGAUGAGCAGCAAAGGCUAAUUGCUCCCAGCAUUCCCAAUAGCGUGCCAAUCUAUCAAAACGUAUCCUUCCAGUAGCCCAAAUACUUCAGCUGAAUUAAAGCAUUUCAGCUUUAUUGUCUUCCUCAUCACAGGGAAAGACUGGGUCAUAAAUGCUUGAAGCCUUUUAACUCACAGCUACUUUAAGUUCCGCCUGGCGAACAUCACUUGGCUGAGCCCACCAGUGCCACAAAGCCUGUCCUCCAAAAGUGGUGUUAAUGGCAUGCUUAAAGAGAUUCCAUUGCUCCCAGCUGAACAUCUGCAGUUCCAGCAAGGACAGAUCUGCUUGUCUGGUGUCCAAUGAGUGGGCAGAUGAUGGGAGCAGAUAGCCCCCACCACAGGAGUUGUGGUGGGAAGAGGUGAGCCUGGGGCCAAAACAUUCAGCUCUAGGCUGGACUAGUUCUCAGGUGAGAAGCUGUGGAUGUGUUCAGUAGCCCAAGCCUGUAAGGCCCUUCUGAAGACCUCCUGAAGGCCAGGACUCUGCCAUGGCCAGUGGACAUGUCCCCACACCUUGCUCACUGCGGGGGCAACUAUCCCAGCUUCUCUGUCCAGGGCUGCUUCUGCCAGGCUGAAAAGUAAAUGUCUUCUUGUGACCGUGCCUGCACCUAACAGAGGUGGCUGUUAGAAUGAUUCUCCCAGAUCUGUAAAACACACUGUGCACCCCUGGGGAAGAUAUAAAGAUGCUGUGAUGGAUGCAGUCUGCAGGAAUGUAGCCCAUUUCUAAAAAGAGCUAGGAAGAGGUGAUAGGUGCCCUGCUCCUCGGUUCACAAACUGCAUGUCUCUAAUGAACCAGGCUGUAUUUUUGUGCAAGCAUAUGAAAAUAAAUUGAGGUUGACUUAGGA